AAAAAGGAGCGCAUGAUAUACCUGCUCUAUGCGCCUGGUAGUAAUAUACAGUGGUCAUUUCACCUCAAUCCCAGUCUUUGUGGUUGAUGAUUAGGUUAUGACUAUCACCCUUUGCAAUUUCCAUAAGCUUCGUCCCAAACCCAACUCAACGGCACAGCUCUAGUCUCUCUAGCUGCCAAAGACGCCUAACAAUCACGGGGAGUAAACCAUGCACACCAAGUGUUCGACAAAAUGCCCAACUGAAAUUUCAGCCUUCCAUUCUUGAGCUUCAACUUACCUGUUUGCUGCUCAGAUACUGCAGCUUCAUAUCUAUUGGUGAAUGUUGGACCACCAUGAGUAUAAGAUGGCCGAGGCUUCUCUCACCCACAAACCUCUCCCAGAUCAUACGUAUGCAGAAAAACCCUUUAACUGCUCUGAAAAUAUUCAGUGAAGCACAGUCCAAGUACCCCAAUUACCGCCACAAUGGUCCGGUCUAUGCCACCAUGAUUGGCAUUCUCGGAAGCUCAGGCCGAAUCACUGAGAUGAAGGAAGUCAUUAAUCAGAUGAAGAAUGACUCCUGUGAAUGCAAAGACUCGGUUUUUGUAGCUGCCAUCAAGACCUAUGCAAGAGCCGGGCUGCUGGACGAGGCAGUGUCUCUUUUUAAGAACCUUUCACAGUUCAACUGUGUGAACUGGACGCAGUCUUUCAAUACCCUGGUGGAGAUUAUGGUUGAAGAGUCCAAGCUUGAAGACGCUUGUCGCCUUUUCGUGGAGCAUUGCUGUGGGUGGGAAGUGAGCUCAAGGGUUCGGUCUUUGAAUUUGCUUAUGCUUGCUUUGUGCCAGAAGGGCCGUUCGGAUAUUGCAUUGCAUGUUUUCCAAGAGAUGGAUUAUCAGAGUUGCAAUCCGGAUAGGGAAAGUUACCGGAUACUAAUGAGAGGGUUGUGUGAAGAUCGGAGGCUAAAUGAGGCAACCCAUUUGUUGUAUUCAAUGUUUUGGAGGAUAUCUCAGAAGGGUUGUGCUGAAGAUAUAGUGAUAUAUAGAAUCUUGUUAGAUGCGUUAUGUGAUAAUGGGAAGAUUGAAGAGGCUGUGGAAAUUCUUGGCAAGAUUUUAAGGAAGGGGCUGAAGGCGCCUAAGAAGUUUCGCCACCAACUUGAUCUUAGUCAGUAUAAUUAUGGUGAAGACACAGAAGGCAUCAAGCGUUUGAUCAAUGAGGCUCUGGUCAGAGGUGGAAAUCCCAGUUUGGCAAGUUACAGUGCUAUGGCAAUCGAUCUUUACAACGAAAAUAAGAUUGUCGAGGCUGACACAGUACUAAACGAAAUGCAAGAUAGGGGCUUCAGGCCAACAUCUGUUGUUUAUGGAGCAAAGGCGGCCGCAUUAUGUAAGGAAAGGAAAGUUGUUGAAGCAGUGGAGGUGAUUGAAAAGGAGAUGGUGUGGGCGAACUGUGUUCCAACUGUGAAAGUGUUCAGUAUUGUGGUGAGAGGCCUUUGUCAUGAAAAGCAGUCAGUUCUGGCUUUUGAGUUUUUGAAGAAGAUGGAAAAGCAGGUGGGUUGUGUAGCUGACAAGGAAACUUACAGCGUUUUAGUUGAUGGGCUUUGUAGUGAGAGUGGAUUUCUUGAAGCAAGUCGAGUAUUGCAGGAGAUGCUUAUCAAGUCAAGAUUGCCUUGUGCCGAAACCUACUGUAAGGUUAUUAGGGGACUUUGUUCAGUAGGGAGGCAAUACGAUGCUGUUAUGUGGUUGGAGGAGAUGCUGAGUCAGGCAAUACUGCCAGAAUAUACUGUAUGGAACUCAUUGGUGGCAUCUGUGUGUUGUAACAUUGCAAAUAUUGAGGCGUGCUCUGAGGUCUACAACCGGCUAAAGACUACUACCUCAAUGUGAGUUUGUGCAUUUGAGGUUCCCGAAGGUCUUUCUUAUUUUUGAGUUGCUUUGCUCUUGUUCUAGCCAGGCAAAGACUGUGAAUAUGUAAACAGGAACAAAAGCUUGUUUCAAUUUGUUAAAAUGAAACCUGUUACUUUCUUCAUUCACUU